AUGGUUUCACCCGUGCUUUUCGAUACGAUAUUGGAUCCUUCAAAGGAACUCAGGGAGCUUUUUGUUGAUCAAGAUCACAACGGCUUCGGUGCCAUCGUCGAACGCCAUUUCAAGCAAAUCCUCUUGCCACAUGAAGCCUUUUACCAGAUUCCUCCACUAAAUAUCUCACGCCCUCCGACCGUGCAUCGUCAGCGAAGUAUUGUGCGUUUUGUCGCAAUGGUGCAGGACACUUCGAGAGAAGGAGAAGUGUACAUGGGUGUCCUAGAUGACAAAUCCUGUGGUGGAUGGGGUUUAUACGAAGAGAUGGCUCGAUCUCAAUCACAAGACGAAGAACAGUCUGCUGUGGACUAUAGCAGGCUUCAGGAGCGAGACUCUGUAUGGGCAGUCACUGUACCGGGGCAGUCGAUAUGGUCACGCGACGCAGUCUCUGGUCCAGACUUUCCGCCUCCUACCGUUCCUACGAAGUAUACUUGCCCUAAACCGCUCAAGAAUCCUGGCGGUGACAUUGGAGCCUUUGGUGUCUCACUGAAGAUCUAUCACGAUCAAGGGAACCUGAAGCCUGGAGAAGUUAAGACCUUUGUGGGGAUUCUGGACGAGGAGCCGAGUUUUGACGAUAUGGAAGAAGAAUCUCAACCUAUACCGACCCUGCAUGUCCUAUUUACAGUGGAUGCCUUAGAUACGGACCCAUACAACUUCAGCUCUCUACGUGAUACACUCUUCGAAGCAAACAUUAGGGCUAAUUUACUUCAAUGGAUCGCCGACGAAGCCCUCGGAGGUGACACAGAAGCAGCGACUUGGGUUUUGCUCACUGCUCUUACCAAAGUCCAAUCGAGAACUCCGCCCAUAUUACCACUAUCUGUCACAAUAGGGUCAUUUUCCGACUCGCUAGAUGGGGCAUCCAAUAUCCCAACCUUGGUCCACGUUCUGAGGCAGUUAAUUCCUACGGUAUCACCUCUUCAGCUCACCCUUGAUACAUUGAACGGCAAGCCUUUCAUGCCGACUAGCGUUGAUGAAGAUGUCCAAGCAGGGAUCUUACAGCAUCCAGCGGGGACUAUGUUUAUCGUCUCGGAGAGCGGCAUUAAGGAAGUUAAAGUGACGGAAGCUGGAAUGAAGAACCUGGCUGCCCUUCAAUCCGUUAUUUCUACCCAAACGCUCUCCUAUGUGUUCCCUUACAGCUCCUUCUCCUUUCCUGUCGAUUUUUCUUUCUUGAGCCUUACAAAGGGCCGGAAGAGCGCCUUUCUGACCACCGAUGUUGUCGUCCCUUUGAAGGGGAGAGACGAAGUCCACUUACCACCAAAGGCUACAUUAGAGAAGUUUCGAAGCUACAUAUCGUCGUGCAGAACGACUACGGUCAUGCUGGAUGACGAUGUUGGAAAGUUCAUCGAAGACGAAUUCGUGCGCACAAGACAAGAUAAUUCUGAUGCUGUAUCCUCCGACGAUUUGGUGAGGCGCAUGUCAAUCGCCAAACUGCUUUCUGCAUCCAUGAUGCAACCAAAGUUGACAAAAGAAACUUGGAAGUUGGCUGUUACGAUGGAUGAAAAGGCUAAGAGUGGACGGUGA